GAGCCGCAUCAAACGCUUCCAUUCAGGCAGGGGCUUUAUUAUGCAGAAAUACCUAAAUGAUUGGCCUGAUAUCAAAAUGAGUGAUCAUAAAUAAUAACGCGAGAGUUUGCAAGUUGCCUGCCGACUGUAGUCACAACUGUCAAAGGCAGCGGCGGAUAUACGCGCGCGACCCAGCACCCAUACUGUUACUGUACACGCUCGCGGAGAUAAUAUCCCUAUCAUACAAAUACACGGCAUAAUCCCGAGGUAAGGACCGGAAUCGCGCGACGCUGUGCCUUCCCCUCCGCUUUCCGUCGCGUUCACGUCUUCCAGCCUCGAUUACUGCACUAAACAUAUCCCCGUGCCUCCUUUAGCAACAGCGCGAGGUUUUUUUUUUUUUUUUUUUUUUUUUUUACUCCUCCUUCGUAUUAAAGUCGCCAUUUUGCUUCACUGCCUAUGAAAGCUUCUUGUAUUUUCAUAUUUUUGGCGUCGUUUCUGCGUAUUUGUGCGCGUGCUUUUGAGUUGGAUUUUUAAUGCGAGAGCUCGUGGAUUACAUAGCUAUUAAUGAAGAGGGGCUCCGGGUGCAGUCUGGAAACACGGUGAAAGUGCUCGGCUUGAGGGCAUUUGCAUCAGCUUGCUCUGUCUUUCUUCCUCCUCCUUCUUCUUCAUCAUCCUCCUCCGCGGACACGCGCAGCGGGGGCCGUGAGUGUGGCUACCGACCGUGACGCCCGUCUGUCCGCGACCCCCCGCGCGUCAGGUGCGUUUGCCAUGUAAAGUCAAGCGGCGCGACGCGAGAGCAAAGGCUACAGCCUGACCCCACGUGGGUGACCCGCUCACCCGCUCACCCGUCAGUGUUGGGUGGCUUUCCAGGCAUGGACACCUCCAGCGGUGCCCGGGUGGUGAAGCCUUCCUCGGGCUUGUCAAAGGGGCGCACUGCCAAACAGGCCCACCCCGCAGAGACGGCCCGAAUGUGCAGCACUGAAAACAACAAUCACGGUUCCUCCUAUAAUGAGAAAUCCGAGGGUAAGAAGAAAGGACGCCCUCGCGUGGAGGUGCAGGAGCUGCGCAUUAUUCCCGCACAUAUGAUGGUUCAGUGGAAAGAGGAAUUUAAGAGUCGUUCCAGGGUGAAAUGUCCAUGCUCAGGCUGCUGGUUGGAAUUCCCCAGUAUUUACGGACUUAAAUAUCACUAUCAGCGAUGCCAAGGGGCGACCAUCGCAGAGAAGCUGAGUCACAGCUGCCCGUACUGUGAGGCUGUGUUUGCCACCAAGGUGCGUCUUCAGAAGCACAAGCUGUGGAACCACCCAGAAAGGGUCCCCAUGGAGAACAAGUCCGGGGUCACCUCGGACACCAAAUCUGAUCCCAAUUCCGAACCCAAACAACAGAAAAGCCCUGCGAAGGGAAAUGCCAAAAAAAGGCCCAUGGAGAACAGCCCUCCAUCACCCACCAUUUUCAAGGUGAAGAAGACCCAGGAGGUGUCUCGGCCCUCACAGAAUGGGGAGUGCGCCCCCCUGAGGCUGGACAGGAGACAGCAGCAGGGGACGUCUGUAGACACUGGGGGCAGUGAGAGCGAGGGGGGCAGUUUACCCCCACCCUUCCCUGAGGAGGACCCUGAGAGAAUGAAGCACAGGAGGAAGCAGAAAACUCCAAAGAAGUUCACCGGGGAGCAGCCGUCUAUUUCAGGAACAUUCGGUUUGAAAGGAAUGAAUAAGGUGGAGGAGAAGUUGAAAGCAGGUCGGAUGAAGAGGGCGGAAGGGGCUCUGUUCACUGAGGAGUCCCAGAAGAAGCAGUCAGGUCAAGCUCCCUCCAGAAAAGAAACCGCUGCUAUCAUUUCAGUUCCCCCUGCUGAAGCCCAGUGGCAGAACACUAUCUCUGAGAGAGGGGAAGUGGUCUGUCCCACCUGCUCUGUUGUCACUCGCAAGACUGUCCAUGGACUCAAGAAGCACAUGGAGAUCUGUCAGAAGCUGCGGGACGCUCUCAAAUGUCAGCAGUGUCAGAAACAGUUCCGAUCAAAAGCUGGACUCAAUUACCACAGCAUGGCUGACCACAUUAAGCCCUCGGUGAGUGAAAAUGUGUCUGAGGAGGAGCAGGAGGAGAGAGAGAGGCUACGCUGCAUUCUCAAACAGAUGGGCCAAAUCAAAUGUACCAGUGAGGGCUGUUCAGCUCAUUUUUCCAGUCUGAUGAGUUAUCAGUAUCAUCGGAAACGCUGUGGCAGAGAGCUGCCAGACAGACAUAAGCCUGUCUUCCUGUGCCAGCACUGUGGUAAGACCUAUCGCUCAAAAGCUGGCCGUGACUACCACCUGCGCACCGAGCACCGAGUAACUGCCCUGUCCACACACUCACUCACAGCUGAGUACUGGAAACAGGAAGACAGUAGAGAUGAGGAUGUGCUGGAGGAGGACGAGGAGGAGGAGGAGGAAAAAGAGGAACAGGAAGAGCCUGUGCAGAAGAAGGGCAUAGAGAAGUCAAAGGAGAGAGUAGACGAGCCAGUGGAGAAGAUGGAGGAGAGGAAGGAGGAGAAAACAGAGAUGGAGGAACUGCUCGAUUUGGAGAGGACGCCCAGUGGCAGGGUGCGCCGGCGCUCUGCUCAGGUGGCAGUGUUCCACCUGCAGGAGAUCGCAGAGGACGAGCUGGCCAAAGACUGGGGCACCAAACGACGCAUCAAAGAUGACCUUGUACCAGACAUCAAGAGGCUCAACUAUACACGACCAGGCCUUCCCAACUUUAGCCCAGAAACUGUGAACAGCUGGAAGAAUGAGGUGAAGGAAAAAGGAUUUAUCUGCUGCCCCAAUUGUACCUGUGAGGCUAUCUACUCAAGUGUAUCUGGACUUAAAGCACACUUGGCAAGCUGUAACAAGGGAGGGGGCGACGUAGGGAAGUACACUUGUUUGCUCUGUAAGAAGGAGUUUAACUCUGAGAGCGGCGUGAAGUACCAUAUCAGCAAGACACACUCUCAGAACUGGUUUCGGGCAUCUACCAACGAGGUGACUAACAACAAGAAAAAAGAGCCAGAGAGCAAUGGCUUACAGAAGGACAUGAAAAACAAAGUGCCUGGGAAGAGGAGGGGACGAAAGCCCAAAGAGCACCACCUGGUGACAGCCCCCUUUCCAGCAGAGACUCAGAGCUUCAGCCCAGCUCCAGCUCCGUUUCCACCACGGACUGUAAGCCCCGCCCCAGAAAGCCAAACCCCCACGCCUAACCCCAUUACCAACACCACAACCACACCCCCUGCCCCAGUGGACAGUGGGAAUCCAGCCCAAGCCAGAGACACACAGCCCCCUAGAAAGAAAAGAAGCAAAACUAAGAAAGCGUCAGCCACAGAGUAACAUGGCUUUUACUUUGUCAACACCAGAAGGGAUGCUUUCCGAAGUUCUCCGGAUAAAACUUUAGUCAAUUCGGUCAUGGAAAUGAUGAACAGCACAGAAGAACAAGCUCAGAAAGAUGAACGUCAGAACAAGGGGAUGAAAAACAGCAGAAAACAAUGAUUUGCUCUUGUAUUGAUUUCACACUGAUCGUUGUGUUUUUUAAGCUGAGUAUAUACAUGAUGUGGGUUCUUGUGUAUACUGAUAUAUAUAUAUAUUACUCCUGUUGUUUUUCAUUCCAUUUUUAUAGUUAAUUUUAAUGAGUUGUUCACUCUAAAGGGGUCAAUAAUAUUUAAGCUCCCAGUUGCUAUAUAGUGUGUAUGUAUGUAUGUAUGUAUAUGUAUAUGUAUAUGUAUAUAUAUAUAUAUAUAUAUAUAUAUAAACACACACACACACGCACACACAUAGGACUUUAUGGAGGCUUUUUUUAGAGCAGAAUUAUUUUGGGGUAGUAUCAAUAUGUCGAGUGAUUUCAUGAUGUGUUUGAAUGAUUUUUUUUUCUUAAAGAAUAUUGAACUCAUUCAAUUAGCAUGGUGAGCUAAUUUACUGCUAACAUUUUAUCAAGGUUAUACUCUGCUGUGUACAUAUAAUAUCUAUAUCCAUGUAUCAAUAUAUUCAAAGCAAUUCACUUUCGUCCAUCAGUUCCAAACAAGGUGCAUCAAAAAAUGUUGGUCAUCGUUUAGGUGUUUGGGAUUGUUUUGUCAGUGGCAGCUGAACAGAGGGAUGGAUUUAGAUUGACGGCUGUUGUAACAGUGUGCUACUGUGCAAUAGUUUGCUUUUGUGUUUUUUUUGUGGUUUCUGUCUCUUGCUCAGAAUUGUGAGAGGUCUUAGCCCGUAGCCUUGCGUAACUCCCUAUCCUACAUCCCAAUGGGCUGUUAGCAGUAGUUUGUAGUUUGCUGCAGUUCACCCGGAGUUCUUUGUUAAAAGCUUUAACUGCUUUGAAAUUUGGUUGUGCAAUGUGCUUUCAUUUUGUCUGGUUGUUUUUUAUUGGAAUAAGAGCUUGUAGUGCUUAACGUAGAAGGAGUAUACAGUGCAGACGAUUAGAUAAAUUCAAAUCAAUGAUAAUAAAUGACUACAAGUGUGUUGGCAGGAAAAAUCUAAUCCUUCAAAGCAUAGUAAUGCCCUUUGACUUAUGUGAUGUCAUCAGGCCUUGCUUAAACUUAAGGGGUCAUUCACAAAAAAAAAGUUUUUGUGUUAAAAAAUGCAAGACAAGAGGCAGAGGAAUGAAAAACAAGUUUUAGAGAUUUUUUUCUUUUUUUUUUUAGUUGAACUUUUAAUUACUAUGUGGUUUAAGAAGCAUGACACACAUGUCCAUCUAGAGCAUGUUUACAUAGAAACCAGUGCAAACCCAAAAAUGUGUCCUGUUUGAAGACUCAAACUGAAAAAAAAAGGAAAUUGGGGUGAAUCUCACAAAAAUCUGAAUAAUUUCACAUCAAAAUAAUAGCAAAUAAAAAAUAUUUUUUUCUAAACGUAAAUAAAGCCCUUUUAGGAUUACAAAUUUUUAUGUGCAGUGAAACACCAUUUUUAUGACAGUUAAUCACGUUUUUCUUCCCAGUUCUAUGGGUGCCUGUUUCUGCCACAGAAUAAAAAAUAAAAAAAUGUUUUAUGUCGCAAUUCUGACUUUUUUCUCACAAUUGUGAAAAGUCAGAAUUAUGAGAUAUAAACUCACAAAAAGAAAAAUGUUUAUAUCUUGCAAAUUCUGACCUAAUUUUUUUCCAGAAUAGCAAGUUAAUGUCUUGCAUUUCUGUGUUUUUAUAUCUUGCUAUUCUUUUCCCCAAGAACUGUGAGACUAUGAGAUAUAAACUCUGAAGUAAGAUAAAAAGGUCAGAAUUUUGAGAUAGAGAGUCUCAAUCACUUUUUCCCAAAACAAAUUCCAUGGUGGAAACAGGAUUUUUGUUUUGUAAAAAUAAAUAAAUAAUAAUAAUAAUAAUAAAUAUUAUUUGAAAUGUUUAGUUUUUGUACAUUAUGGUAGUAUUUUUGUGUACUGCUUAAAUAAAUAAUGAAAAUUAUAUAUAUAUAUAUAUAUGGAUGUAUUGCGGUAAUGAUUUUUUUUUCUUUUUUUUCGCUUUUGGUGAAAAGAAAUUGGUAGGCAAAUGUGCUUUAUAGUCAGGAAGAUAAUGUUACACUGCAAUUUUAACGAUGUUUAUUAUUACUUUUGUUUAUGCAAAAAUAUUAUUAUUAUUAUUAUUUGUAUUUUUUUUUAUUUUAGGGUGAAAUUUGUCCAUGUUUUUGCGAGAUUCACCCAUUUAGUCUACUUUUGAUAGGAGUACAAGCAAUGUGUGUGGAAUGCACUUAAAGACCUCAGUUACUGUAUGCAAUAGUGAGAGUGUUUUGGGUGCACAAGCACGUGGUGUGAAGCAUUGAAGAGCACAAUCAGAAUGGUCACUGCAGGCUUUAUGCUAACGUUUCUGAAUGAGAGUGCAUCUGUCCAAAAACAAACGUGACGUCUGAAUGGUCCUGCACAUAAUGAUUCCCAUGCUUCUGAUUAAAGCCUGUUUGAGAAAAACGUUGGUAUUGCACUUUAACCCCUCCUCCCCCUCCCUCCUUAUCUUGCACUUUGCAGGCACUGUUAGGCUUCCAUUCUCCAACCUUAAAUGAGUGGCUCUGUGUUGUGAGAUCUAAGAUCAGUUUCCUUUACAUACUGUAAAUCCACCACACGAGAGAAGAUGAUCACAGACGGGCCACCUCGAACGCCUGCCAUGUGAUCCGUGUGAUACGUGCGAGGGAAUUAAGAAAGCAAAUCUAUGUCAAAUAGGAAAUGGAAAUUAUGUUUGAAGCCAUAACAGUCCCCUUAAAGGUGACUUAUGGAACCAGUGUGUCUGUUUAUUCUUCCUCAGUUUGUAUAAAAGAUUGAAAAAAAUUAAUUAGUUAUGUAUUCCAAAACCCUAAUAAUUCUAACUAAGGUACUUGAAAUCAUGAAUAAUUGCCAUAAGAUUAUUAGCAAGGUUUUAAAAAAAAGGAUAAAUUAUAAAAAUAUAUAUAUUUAUCUAAUGAAAAAAAAGAAUAAAUUCAAAGUUGCAUACGUUUAUUUUAUACUAAUACUGAUGUGAUUUUAAUCUCAUAGUUGCUUAAGAAAUCUAGGGUCGCUAUGUCGUGGGUUUAGACUAAAGGUGCUAGUAGCUUAUCUAUCUUAUAGAAUGUUGCGCAUAAAAUUGUGAAGCAGUUUGUCUACCUUGCCAUCGAGUCCCACGUUUCUGACAUGAAAUACUGUAGCAGAUAUUAUUUAAAGCAUCAAGCAUUAAAUGGCAAAUAAAAAUCUUCUGUGGCUUCGGUCACACUGAAACCCCCACCCCAUUGCACUGUACUUAGUCUGAUAAAACAUUAAUGGUGAAUCUCACAAAAACCUUUAAGAACAUGUAUCUUAUUUCAUCCCAAAAUCUGGCAAAAAAUGUGAAUUGUCAUUGAAAGAAAUAUUUAAAAGUACAAAUUAUCAAUGCAAAAACAAAAAUGAAUAAUUAACCAUUUUUAAACAUGAAAUUUUAUACUAAAUGUUACUGAAUUGCUUAAUGUCUAGAUGCAUAAGCAUCAUUUUCUUUAAGCAAAAUGUAGUGUGCGUGUCACUUAAAGAAAUUGAUGUGUUGCAGUGAAAUAAUGCAUUAAUUUAUAAUUAAAUAAUUAAUUAUUAUUUACUUUUAAUAAUGAAUAUAUUAAUUGAAUAUAUCAUGUUUCAAUGUAUUGAAUUUCUCUAAAUGUCUAAUCUUCUUUAAGAAAAAUAUUUUGUUUUAUAAUACAACCCUUACAUGUUCUCCACAUUUCUUACAUCAUAUUUCAUCCUCACCCCCUCACGGAAAUAUAUAGUAUAGUAAAUUAAAAUCAAAAUUUACUUCAUUACACUUUUUUACGCCGUCAUUUGAUUUUGCAGUAAAAUGCAACAUUAACAUGUUCUUCAAAGGUUUGUGAGACUCACCCUUCAAAGGCACAUAUUCUUCUCGGGUCACAAGCAGUCUGCUUUGAGUUUGACCCAGUAGAAUGUAUCUUUCUCAAUGGAAGUUUAGUUGUCACACUAUGUUGAUUUGCCAUCUCAUGACACGAAAGGUGGCGUGUAGUUUACGCUAGGAAUAUAGUGCGUGGCUUCAAUUACCCGUCUUCCUAGAUUAUGUGGUGUACACAUGCAGACGUUGUACGAUCAUGAAACUGCAACAGAUUUAUUUCAAAAUUACAGCAAUAGCUUGCAGUCAAACGCACUACUGCAACGGUUUCCAAAGCUUGGUGCGAACUGUAUUCGCGUACUUUUGCUUUUUUGCUUCUUUCUUUGUGAUAUAGUUGCUUUAAACUAUUUGAAUAUGAUCGUGCGCUUUUCUAUACAGGUCAAAGUACAUGUUGAAAAUGUCAUUUUGUCCAAAAAGCUAUACGCAGUGUGUGCGUGUUGGUGUGUGUGAGUGUAUGCGAGCAUGGAUUUGUGUAGGUGUGUAUUUCUGUAUUUAGUGCACUUGUAAUCCCAUGAAAUAGGCUUGAAUAUGGAGUGUUGCUAGAGAUUUUGGUGAAUUUGAUUGUGUGCUGUGGAAUUUUGUACUUAAGGGGGUCUGUAGAAAGUGGAACCGCCUACCAGUUUUUAAAAAUCAUUCUUUUCAUUACUUCAGCUUUUGUGUGAAAUUAGGAUUUCUGAUGUUACAAUUUGACCCAUCAGAAUUCUGACGGAGAACAUCCUCAAAGAAGUUUACAAAUAGAAGUCCUUGUGUUUGAUUUGAAUUGAGUCUCAGCAGGCCCUGGUCUGAGGUACAACAGGAUGAUCCAAAAAUAUAGAUUUUAUUCAGAUGCUCUAGAAACGGUUAAAUCUAUGAAUACUUAUAUAAUUAUGUCAGUAGUGGACAAAAUGAUUUUUUAUUCCUUUAAAGUUUUUACAUAGGUUGGCAAGAGUUCUGAAUCUAAACUAUUAUUCUGUCUCUUUUUACCCUGGUGUAUUAACUGUGCAUUAAUACCCCUCAAAUAAUUAAUAAAAUGUUGACAAAGA